AUGGGAUCGACAGAGGAUACGAAAGGCCCGAACGGGACCUUGGUUGACUUCACAACGUUCCAAAACAUCAUCGACGGCUCACUCCACGGCAGUACUGAAAUCCACCAAGGUAUUAAUCCUUCGAACGGAAAGCCUCUCUGGGAUGUACCAAUCGCCAGUGCCGACGACCUCAAUGUAGCUGUGGCAGCAGCACAGAGAGCAUUCAAGACCUGGUCCAAGACAAAAUGGGAGGACAGGCAAGAGAUAUUGGGCAAGAUUGCGGCCGAGUUUGGGAAAUACCAGGAGCAGAUGGGAGAGCUACUUAUGCUUGAGGGAGGAAAGCCCAUUCAAUUUGCAAAGAUUGAAGCCUGGGCCGCCGGUGAGGGAUUGCGGUACUGCGCAUCGGAAGGUCCCUUCGCGGAUGAAGUACUCGAAGAUGAUGAGAAUCUCCGCCUCACAAUGCGCCACACCCCCAUCGGUAUCGUAGGUGCCAUCUGCCCAUGGAACUUCCCCCUCGCAAUCGCCAUGAACAAAAUCGCCCCAGCCCUCCUCACCGGAUCCUGUAUCAUCGUGAAACCCUCCCCAUUCACCCCCUAUAGUGUUCUCAAAUUCGCCGAGAUCGCCCAAGCCUUCUUACCGCCUGGCGUCCUGCAAGCCAUGAACGGAGACGCCAAAUUAGGUCCUCUUAUGACGGAACACCCAGAUAUUGCGAAGAUCUCCUUCACGGGCUCAAGUGCCACUGGAAAAAGAGUCAUGGCAUCUGCUGCAAAGACUCUCAAGAGGGUAACACUCGAGCUCGGAGGAAAUAGCGCCUCUAUCAUCUGCCCCGACGUAGACGUGAAUAAAAUUGCCCCUAAAGUGGCAUUAGGAGCAUUUUACAACUCCGGCCAGCUGUGCAUAGCAAGUAAGAGACUAUACGUGCAUAAGGAUAUCUACCAGGAUAUGAUGAAGGCUUUGAUUGAGGUCGUGAAGGGAUGGAAGGUAGGUCCCACAUCUGAAGAGGGAUUGAUGCUUGGACCAGUGCAGAAUGAGAUGCAGCAUAACAUCGUGAAGGGAUUUUUUGAGGACUGUGCGACCAAUGGAUAUGAAUUUGCGUUGCCAGGGGAGGUCGGAAAGUCUGAUGGAUUCGUAAUCCAGCCUGCCAUUUUGGAUAACCCCCCAGAUGAGUCAAAGAUUGUGCGAGAGGAGCAGUUUGGCCCCAUUGUCCCAAUGAUGAAAUGGGAUAACGAAGCUGAGUUGCUCGCCCGCGUCAAUGACACGAAUACGGGUCUCGGUGGUGCCGUCUGGUCAUCUGAUCUCGAGCAGGCACAGAGAAUUGCAAAACAGAUUGAGGCUGGAACGAUAUGGAUUAACAACAAUGAAAUGCCGCUCUCCAGGGCGUACUUCUCGGGCCACAAGGAAAGUGGAAUUGGUGGCGAAGGCGGCAGGCUUGGCUUGCUAGCGUAUAUGAAUACCCAGGUUAUUCAUAUGUAUAAGUCCGACGUGGGCAGGUCGUGA